UAUUUUUUUCUUGUUUUCUAUACAAUUACUCAAAAACAUAAAAAAAAAAUUAUGCAUAAUUGCACAUUGUACAUAAGUCAAAAAGAGACAACAAAUAAUGCACUGACGUCCUCUUAACUAAAACAAUAUAAGCUACUAAAAUAUAAUAAAAAAAAUUGGCAUUAAUUUAUUCGCAUUUGUGUACUAAUGGAAUAAAUAAUAAAUAAUUUGGAAGUAUGUUUAAAAUAGAAUUCACUGAGUGUAUUAUCUGUAAUGAUACUUUUAUUAUUUUAAUAACACAAUUUAUGUGAUCCAUACUUAUGUAUUAUAGUACAAGUACAACGUUGUGAAAUAACACAAUUUCAAGUGUGCUCAAUCAUUAAACAAAAAGAGUAAAACAAACUCAAUCAUCCGAUAGCUGAUAAAAAUUCUUUACGUUCUUAAUUUGUAGAAAACUAAAGGAUAAUUCUAUACAAUAUGGAAGAAAGAAAUAAUUAUAAAUAUGGAAUCAAAUCAACUUUAGCUCAAUGUUGGGCAAUAUCAGGAGCUUGGUUAUUGCAAAUUGAACUCGGCAUACAAGUCAUAACAUCUACAAUAGUCAUAGGAGCCUUAGAAAACAACGCGUCCAUAGACAAAAAUGAAUUUUUGACCAUAACUAGUGAAGAAGCGUCUUGGUUUGGUAGUCUGUCACAUUUAUUCACACCUCUGGGAACUGUUUUUUCCUCACUUUUGCUAGACCGUCUUGGUCACAAGAAGUGUAUGAUACUGACAAACAUACCAUGUCUAGUAGCUCAGAUCAUAUUGUAUUUCGCCAAAAAUGUAGAAAUGCUGUACGCCAGCUCAACCCUGAUGGCACUGAGCAUAGGGUUUCUGAACGCCCCGAGUCUUGGGUAUACCGGUGAAGUGUGCGAGCCGAAACUAAGAGGCACCUUGACUUCGUCAAUGAACAUAUUUUACUAUAUGGGAACCAUAAUAUUGACUAUGAUGAACAGUAUUACCAAGCAAUGGAGAUUGACGAUGAUAGUGUCCACGGUGUUUCCAAUUUUCACCAUUAUUAUAUUAUUUACGGCACCAGAUUCGCCGAUGUGGUUAUUGGCCAAGGGAAAGCAUUCAAAAGCGCAUCGAAAUCUCCGCAGAUUGAGAGGAAAAGCAUCGAAUGAAAAAUGUGAAAAUGAAUUUCAAGAAAUGAUUAAAUACAAUGUGCCUUCUAACAGUGACAAACCUAAUCAUAAAAAAAAUAUAAAUGCUUGGAAGCAACUUUUUGCGCCUCAAGUACUAAGACCAUUUCGUUUAAUGAUGCUGUAUUUCUUUUUCAAAAAUUUAUUUUCUGUAUUACCAAUAUUGCCUUAUUUAGUUUCAAUACUUAAGAAAUUUGGCACACCCGUUAACAUUGAAUGGACAAUAUCAUUUUCGAUGAGCCUUUGUAUAGUGGGAAGUGUCUUGGCAGUUGUUGUAGUACGGACAUUAGGCAAACGAUUUCUCACGUUAUUUUCAUUAUCGGUUUGCUCCGUUUGCUAUAUAAUUAUUGGAUUAAUCGGUGUUUAUUGGACAAAUGCGAAACCAAUAACCUCUUGGAUAGUACUUAUACUUUUUCUAACUAAUAUUUUACUUGGAUCGGGUGUAUUAACGCCAAUCGCAUGGACUCUUGUCACCGAAAUAUUUCCUGCAAAGUGUAAGAAUAUUGCAAGCAACAUUUGUACGGCAUUAUUUUUUGUGAUGACCUUCUUCAUGACAAAAUAUUACCCAGAUUAUUCAAAUUUAGUGGAAUUUUAUAAUGGGUUUACUAUAAAUGGUAUUGUUGGUUUAUUUGGCUGUAUAUAUUUCUAUUUUUAUUUACCAGAAACUGAAAACAAAACCUUACAAGAAAUUUCCGAGUUUUUUGAAUAGACUUUUACACACAAACAUAUUUUUUUUCAUAUGACAAUAUGUUAAUUUUUCAAGACGCAAUUCCCAUAAAAUGUUUGUAUUCAUCAAAAUUGUAAAAUUACCUCGUACAAUAUAUUUUAUAUACCUUUCUUGUUUAUUAAGUAUAAACUAUUAUUAAGUAGUUUAUAAAUAAAAAUAUAUUUUAAUGUCAAAGAAAUUAAGUAAGUAGCUAGGUGUAAAAUGUAUUGUGAACCACGGGUAUACUAGGACUAUAAUAUAAUAUUUAUAUUUUUAUUCUAUUUAUGUAGUUGUGUUGAGCCGGCAUUGUCUGUACAAAAAUUAUUUCUAUUAAUAUUAUCUUUAAUAAAUUUAAAAAAAAUUAA